UGUUCAGGGCUCACCGCGAACCGGUCGGUUUAUUCGGCGUUUAACAUGACGUCACGGUCUUCUCUCUUUACUGUGACGCGGCAUUUAGCUAACCUCGGCAAGCAGCAGUUCCUGUAACGAGCGUAUCAAAGAGCUGUCACUGUGGAUUUUAUUUUACUCAGAAUCGGACUACAGUUUCACAAUAGUGUGCCAGCGUUGGCUUCGUCACCAUGGGGAAUGUAUUUGCGAGCUUAUUCAAGGGCCUGUUCGGCAAAAAAGAAAUGAGGAUUCUAAUGGUCGGGCUUGAUGCUGCUGGAAAAACAACUAUCCUAUAUAAACUGAAGCUUGGAGAGAUAGUCACCACCAUUCCCACCAUUGGUUUUAACGUUGAAACUGUAGAAUACAAGAACAUCAGCUUCACAGUGUGGGAUGUGGGCGGUCAGGACAAAAUCAGGCCGCUGUGGCGCCACUACUUCCAGAACACUCAAGGGCUUAUCUUUGUGGUGGACAGCAACGACAGGGAGAGAGUGAACGAGGCGAGGGAGGAGUUGUCCAGAAUGCUCGCUGAGGACGAGCUCAGAGACGCUGUGCUGCUCGUUUUUGCAAAUAAACAGGAUCUCCCCAACGCUAUGAACGCUGCAGAGAUCACAGACAAGCUGGGCCUCCACGCCCUCCGCCAACGCAGCUGGUACAUCCAGGCCACCUGCGCCACCAGCGGGGACGGCCUGUACGAGGGCCUGGACUGGCUCUCCAACCAGCUGAAGAACCAGAAAUGAUCCAUUCCACCGGUUUUGAUUCUUAUUUUUUUUUUCUCGUUUGUUGUUUAUUUUUUCUGUUCCGACACAGCGGCAGCACCGGAUCCAGGCCCCCCUCGCGCUCCCGUCUAACCCCGUUUUUCUGCCCCCCAGCUCUUUCUUUCAAGAACUUCCUUCAUUCCCUCCUCUUGCUUUCUUGCCUCCUCCUCGUCAGUACUCUCGGGGCUGUAGCCUGUGCUGCUUGUGUGUGCGUGGGAGUGCGAGUGUGUGCGUACCGUGUGUAUGUGUGUGGGUGUGAAGGCGUCUCUGUGUGUGUUGGCUGGGAUUGGGAGUAACCCUGGCGUGCCUUUUACACACCUCCUGUGGAAUCAGCAGUCUGGUUUUCAAGCCCCCUUUCUCCAUCCACCAAACUCAGCCUCCGCCCCGCUCAGCCGACCCCCACUCUCAGUCUUGCACGGCCCCCCUUUCACCCUCCACCCUUUACUCUCCAGAGGAAGCAUGGUUUUCACACGGCAAAGAAAGAGCAAGGGUGCAUCUCCUCCCUCCCUCCCUCCUGUCCUCCUCCUCCUGCUCCCUGUAGUAAAUAUCUAUGUUAACUAGAAACCCCACGUAGACUGAAUGCUAGAUGUUCAUUUUAUCCUCUUGAUUUUGAAACCUCAAACCCACCAGUAAGAGAUUCAGUAAAUUGCAUCUUAACCUGUAUCAGGUCGAAGCAAAUCGAAAAAAAAAAAAAAAAAACACGGGGGAAAAAAGGUAUUAAAAAAAAAACAAUAAAAAUAAAACGCGCCCAUCCUCGAUCAUUCUGGUGUCAUUAGAAAAUCAUGCUGUUUGUUUUAUUAUUAUUAUUAUUAUUAUUAUAUUGGAGUAUAACAGAUUAUUCUUAGCGAUGGUUCUCCAGUGAACACUACCUUUAUCCCCACCGUGAAGAGACCGUGAAGCACAAGGCAAACCAACAAUCUGUAAAGAAAAAGGACUGAAAUUAGAAGGUGCGAGUGUAUGCGAUUCUUGUCUUAUUGAAUCUUUUUGGUAGCUGCCGUGUAAUUCCCUGGAUGAAAUUGGAGUUUUGAGAUGACUGAGUCUUUCUGACAGUGUUGACAUUUCACAUAAACUUCAGCCGGUUUUCUGGUGUCCUGAUACAUUCACAGGCGUUAAGAGACGUUACACGUGUUUGUUUGUUUUGUUUUUCUGUAACUAGUUUUAGCAUUUCUAUUUGUACUACGACUGCUGAACCAAAUGCAUUUGAGCAGUGCGACAAAUCCUGUUCGUGGACGUAGUAGUGUCCGUGAGGGCCUCGACUGAGUUUUUUUUUUUUUUUUUUUUUUUUUUUCCUCACCAACGGUUGGCAGUUUUACUUUGAAAAUCUGAAAGCAUCCAGCUGUCUAAUUUUCCCGGUUGGGGGAUGAAGGAUUGGCACCAAAAAAGAAAAGAGGAAAAAAAAACACACAAAAGCAAAAUGAAGGCUCUUUAACUGUGAACGGUCCAGACGCUGAGAACGGAAGCUAGUUGGGAUGUCUGGGUGUGUUUAAGGCUACUGCUUCUCACCGUAGCGCUGCGUACUCGGUGACUCGAAAGACCAACGCGACUCUGUUGUCGGCGGCGAGCUGGAAGGACUUGGUGGUAGACCUGUCGAGGGGAACGGGUGUGCAGUUACCUGGUGGUGAGAUUCAGCAGGCGUCCUCAGUGUUGAACCAUGGGGGUUAAGCUGGCACUUCUGUCAAGAAUGAUUGUAAAUCUGUAAGUUCCCCUGUAAACUGUUUCUGUGGGGAUUUCCUGAACACAUUAAUAAACAUGAUUUGAUCCAACA